UCCUUCUCAAAAGCGGACCGGGGAAUCGGGGGCAUUUGGCAUGUGGCACCACCCACGUGGCUCGUCUCGAAUUUCCCUGUGAGACCGGCCUCAUCCUGAGGUGCACCGGGAAGGCCGGGAACCCCUUCUGAACCACGCAGGGGAAUCGACUCUCCUGUCGUGAUCAGGAGGGGAGAACGGGCUCAGAUGAAGCUGUGCCGGGACUCUCGGUGUUCCCUCGAGGGUACCCGGCGUGUCGGGGAGCUUUUGGGGGUCGCACGAAGGGUGUCAGGUACUGUUUCGCACUUCAGGGCGGAACAUGGGACUUCCCUGAGACGCUGUAGUGGGCAAGGGCCUCAUCUUGCGAAGACGUUGGAACCACGUGUUUUUUCUCGAGUUGCGGCGGGAUUCUCGAGUGACGAUGGGGAUUACAGGCUUCCUCCUCUGUUGGCCCUGGGAAGCCCAGUCUUCCAUUCGAUUGGCGAGGGAAAGCUGGGGGUUGCGCUCGAGUCACUGCAGGGCCAAAGAGACCUCAUCUAGGCUUGUGUCCAGGACCUAAUGUUCCUCUCCAGGGAAGGCAGGGAUCUCGGGGUUGCAUUCCAGGAUCCCCCUGGGUGUCAGGCCUCGUCUCGAGGGGAAGCAAAGGACUCUGCUGUCCUCCCGAGUCGCGACGCGGAUAUCUUGGAGCCCCCUAGUGGCGUCAGUGGAGUCAAGCCUCCUCUUCAUUUUGGAGAGAGGGCUCGGGAUUGUUCUCCAGGCCAUGCAGGAAAAGAAGGCCCUUCACAUCGCGAGGACGGGGGCGUCUCAGGGGUUUCCUCGAGCUGCGGCGCCCGUGGGGGUUUUCCUCGCGAGGCACGGCGAGGAUCUCAGGGAGCCUCUCGUGCGGCGCCAGGGAAGUCAGGUCUCCCUGCGCGUAGCGAGGAGGAGCGCGUUGUGGCUCUCGAGUAAUGGGAGGGGACUAGGGCCUCAAGACGCGUUGAAGAGGGACUCUCGAGGUCUUUCUCGGGUUGUGGCGGGAAAAAGUCGUUUCCCUCGACUUCUGCCGGGGACCUUAGGGAACUUCCCAGGGUGUCUCUGAGAGUUGAGGGAUACUGUGGAGUUGGCGGUGCCUCUCGGGACUCCGCUGGGUUUGUCGCAAUGGAAGAGGGGCUCAUCUCGAGGGGAGGCAGGAACCUCAGACUUCCUCUCUGUUUCGGACUCCGACAUCAGGGUCCCUGCAGAGUUGGGACAGGAGAGUCAGGCUACGUCUUUUCUGAGGAAUGGAACUCCGCUUGCCUCUCGAGUUGUUCAUGGGGUUUCAGGCCCCUUGUCAAACUGUGUGUGGAAUCUGCAGGUUUUUCCAGACGAUGCACGGGGGUGUCAGUGACCCUUCGUUUUGUGUCUUCAUCCACAGGGUUGCCUUCGAAGAGGUGUCCGGGCAUCGGGUUCUUAUGAAGAGCGGACCGGGAUAUCGGGGUCGUUCAGCAUUUGGCACCACCCACGUGGGUUGUCUCGAAUUUCCUCAUGAAACCGGCCUCAUCCUGAAGUGUGCCGCGAAGGUCAUGAAACUCUUCCAGACAAAGCAGAGGAAUCGACCCUCCUGUGGCGAUCAGGAGGGGAGAAGUGGCUCAGAUGAAGUGCUGCUGGGAACCUCGGUGUUUCCCUCAAGUGAGACAGAUUCGAGGAAGAGCUGGAGGUGCGCUCUAGUCACUGAAGGCAAAAGAGACCCCACCAAGGCUUGUGUGCAGGACCUAAUGUUCAUGUCAAGGCUCGACAGAAAUCUCGGGGUUGCAUUCCAGACUCACCUUGGAGUCAGGCCUCAGUCUCGAGGGGAAGCAAAGGACUCUGCUCUCCUCUCGAGUCGGACGGGUAUGUCUUGGAGCCCACUGAGUGGCUUAAAGGGAGUCAAACCUCCUCUGGUGUUUGGAGGGAGGACACGGGAUUGCUCUCCAGGGAAUGCAUGAAAUGAAGGCCCUCAUCUCCCAAUGACUGGGGCGUCUCGUAGGUUUUCUCGAGCUGUGGCGCUAGUGUGGGGUUUCUCACGAAGUAAGACUGGGAGCUCAGUGAGCCUCUCACGUGGUGCCAGGGCAGUCAGGUCUCUAUGCACGUGGUGAGAGGGAGCCCGUCAUUGUUCUCGAGUCAUGGUAGGGGAAUUGGGCCUGAAGACGUGUUAAAGAAGGACUCUCGAGGUCUUUCCUGGGUUGCAGCAGGAAACCCUGGGUUCCAUCGACUUGUGCCAGUGACCUCAGGAAGCUUCUCAGCGUGCCUCUGAGAAGUCAGGGUCACUGUGGAGUUGGGAGGGGCCUCUCGGAACUCCACUGGGUUUGGUGCAAUGGAAGAGGGCCUCAUGACAAGUUGAGGCAGGAACCUCAGGGUUCCUCUCCUGGCUUCGAAUGCGCCGGAUCUGACUCGGAUCGCAGAGUCCCUGCAGAGUUGGGACAGGAGAGUCAGGCCUCGUCUUGUGUGGAGGAAUGGAACUCCGCUUGACUCUCGCGUUGUUCAUGGGGUGACAGGCCACUUGUCGAUUUGUAUGUGGAACUUGCGGGUUUUUCUGGACGAUGCACCGGGGUGUCACUGCCCCUUCGUGUUGUGCCUUGAUCCACAGGAUUGCCUUCGAGUUGGGUUCUGCCAUCGGGUUCUUAUCAAGAGCGGACCAGGGAAUUGGGGUCUUUUGGCAUGCCGCACCACCCACGAGGCUAUGUCUCAAAUUUCCUCGUGAGACUGGCCUCAUCUUGAUGUGCGCCAGGAAGGUCGGGAAUGCCUUCCAGACAAAGCAGGGGAAUCGAACCUCCUGUCGCGAUCAAGAGGGGAGAAGAGUCUCAGAUGAAGUGGUGCCGGGAACCUCGGUGUUCUCCUCAAGUGAGACUGGUAUGUCGGGGAACUUUUGGGGUCGCAUCAAGGGUUCCAAGUAACUUUUCGCUCUUCAAUACGGAACGUGGGACUUCUCUUGAGACGCUGUAGCGGGCAAGGGCCUCAUCUUUCGAUGACGGGGGAACCACGUGGUUUUUCUUGAGUUGCGGCGGGAUUCUCGAGUUACGACGGGGAAUUCAGGCUUCCUGUUCAACUGGCCCAGGGAAGUCCAGUUUUCAUUCGAAUUGCGAGUUAGAACUGGGGAUUGCUCUCGAGACACUGCAGGGCCAAAUAGACCUCAUCUAGGCUUGUGUCCAGGACCUAAUGUUCCUCUGCUGGGGCGACAGCGAUCUCGGCAUUGCAUUCUCGACUCACCCGGGGAAUCAGGCCUCGUCUCGAGGGGAAGCCAAGGACACCGCUCUCCUGUCAAGUCGCGACGGGUAUAUCUUGGAGCUCACUGUGUGGCCUAAAAUGAGUCAAGCCUCCUGUGGAGUUUGGAGAGAGGACUCAGGAUUGCUCUCCAGGCCAUACAGCAAAAGAAGGCCCUCAUCUCGUGAGGACUGGGGCGUCUCGUGGGUAUUCUCGAGCUGCGGCUCCAGUGUGGUGUUGCUCACGAGGUAUAAUGGGGAGCUCAGGGAGCCUCUCCUGUGGCGCCAGGGAAGUCAGG